AUGCGCCAGUUUCUAUGGUUUGCUUAUAUAUUACCAUGUUUUCCUCUAUUUUCUUGUGUUAGUUUAUCAUUAAUGAAAGAUUUUGAAGAAUCAACACGAACACAUUGUAAUGUUACUAAUUUGCUUCCAUCAAUAUCAGCAUCGAUCGGUGAAUAUGAACCUCAACGUUUUAUAUGGCGUUUUUGUUUUGCUUUAGAUAGUAUUCUUCGUUAUAUUAUUGCUUAUUUACAAUUAAAUCAUGUACUUAAUCGUCAUCAUAUUGACUUUUCUGAACGUUUUACAUUAGUACAAAUAACAACCUUUUUGUCACCGCAAGAUAUACACAAAGUGGUAUAUAACGUUAUUAAAGAAGGAAACCUAACAUUUAAUUCUUACCCUGGAUCACUUCCAGUUGUUCAAAUCAUUACUAAACUUCUCAUUCGUCAGCAAAUAGACUUCAUUCCCAGUUCACAAUAUACACUCGAUUACCCAGACUAUAUGGAUAACCCAGAAGAAAUCGGUCGUCUUGUCAUUACUAGUUUUUUCGCCGUUCCACGACAGGAACAAACACCUUUCUACACCUACAAAUUAGUAACAAUUCCCCUCUUUCAUGAAAAUGAAGCAAUCCAACUCACUCAAAUUCCUCGAUACUGGGCAAUUAAUCCAGCAAAUAAUAUCACUAUGGAAUGGCAUAAUCCAGAAGAAUCUGGAUGCGAUCUUCAACUCAUGACAUCAUGUCGUGAUACUCCACAUAUGCGUAGGAUCUCAAAAGACACUUGCCUUGAUCAAAUCAUAGAAAAGCUCCCGUUAUCCAAAUGUCAAACAAUACCGGUUCCUACUGCCAACUAUUUUGUUCGACACUUAAGAGAUAACUUUUGGAUUACUUCGUCAUCUGAAUCAGUACAUUGUGUAAAAAUUCCAAGGAUCGAACAUCUUAGUGCCAUGCAACAAACUGGAAGUAUAAAUGAAGAAGUAAUACUUCCACCUGUUUCUCUUGUAAAUGUAACUGAAGGUUACAAUGUUGCAUGUCCUGGCUUCACUUUAGUAGGCCGUCCUGUAACUUCAAACGCGUCUUCACUCGUUAUCUUGCAUAACAAUGCAACAAUGCAUACAAACAAUUCCUCAGACUUAUCGGCAAUUAUAACUGAUAAAAAGGCUACUUCGACUAGUGCAGAAGAACGAAAAAAAAGACCUGCUCCUCUACCACCUAAUUGUCAAGAAAAGCAAGGUAUAACUGAUGAUCAUAUAUCAGAAGAACGAACUCCAAAUGUUACUUCAAAAUAUAUUGAUCAAUCAAUAUGUGUCAAUGUGACUGAGACAGCCGCAGCAGCUGAAUUAUCAGCACAAAAAAUGAAGCGAAGUAUUUCUAGUGAUAUUCAGAUGGAAGUAAAAAAAAUCAUGGUUAACCAUGGGCAUUCAAGCCAGAAGAGUCAAUUGAUUGCUGCUGCACCGUCUGCAAUUAAAUUUGUUAGUGCAGCUACGAUGAUCAGCUUGACACAAACGAGCAAUAAUGCGAUACCGGAAAUAUCUGAUGAAGAAUUACUUGAGAUGGCUUUGAUGCUUGAAAAACAACAAGAACAACAACAAUAA